AUAGCACCGACGACCGGAGAAAAGGAUGAACUGUACAAUCCAUUCGAUCACAGAGAUAAGAAGCACAUGACCUCUUAGAAAGUUACGAGUCCUUCAAAAAUUACAUUCUCUCUUUUGGCGACUUUUGUGCAGCAGGAAGGUCACUGUGCUGGUUUUUCGAAAAAAUCGAUAAAUAUUUAACGCAAACAUCUCCACAUUUAACAUGGACUAUUCAGAAAGAAAGAAAAAAGUUGCAUUGAAUCAAUUAAUGAAGAUUAAGCCUCUCCUCGGAGAUAAUGCCACACGGAUAAUAAUUGUGCGCAACGCCAACAAAGCAUUGAUGUCCACGACCUCAAUACCUCGUCAUUACCGUCGUCACUUAUACCGUAUGCACACAAACGUUUCCGUUUUUCAUCAGUCCUCCCACACGAAGACUGCAUAAGAAAAAUCGCGCGAUUAUAUAGCGAUAAACAAAAAGAAAAACAUCUUUAAAUCAAUAGUUUGAUUUAUCAUGAUUUUCAGCGCGGAAAUAAAAUGUCAUUUUCAUGGUCUUCCGCUGAACUGCCGAACAAAAAGUUUUAUGAUGAUGACAAGAAAUAUUUGAAAGCGUAAUCAAUCACUGGAUUUAAUUUUAAAUAGAUUAUUUAUAUCUUGUGAUACGGACAAUUUUAAAAUGUCUGCUUGUUAGGUGAGGUUGCCGUUUUUGCGUAAAAAACAUUGUCAUCCAGUGUAAUCCCGACGGAUAUGAAAAAUACAUUUGUAAUGAUAUUCUUAUCUUAAUACUUGCGGACCUUGAACGCACUUACCGUCAAUUAAUAUCAACAUUCUUCUCGACUUUCGGCUAUCCUGUGCAUCUUUUUUUAUAGACGCGAUCGAACAGGUAGAUUUAAUGGCUAGCGAUCGCGUGAAAAGAAUGGAUUGAAUAAGCGUAAUGGGAACCUUUCACCUACGUCUUGCAUCGAGAUCAAGGUCGCCCCUUAAACAUACUCGACGGAUAUCACGUGCUCGUAAGAUUCUUUGUGAUUCUUCAAUGGCAUCGUUUCGUAAAAUUGAAUAUUAAAUAAGUAUGCACUCAGUCGCAGACAUGAGUUUAUUAUCAUAAAGGUAGAACAUGUGUCGUAUAUAUUGAUCAUAUGAAAAAUAUCGUUAUAAAUGGACGAUAUACUUGUCUGAAGAAAAAGCGAAAAACGAUGAAUUAUGUAAAUUGUAUUCGACAGAUCUUUGUGUUGUAAUAUAUGAUUUAAACAAAUUCAAAUGUAUAAUCUGCAUAUACGAACAUUAAGAAUAAUUGCAAAAUCAGGUAAAAAAAUAUCCUUCAACCGGCUGAAAAGUGAAAAAAAAUAAUAAUUUAUAUCCUUAUCAAAGUCAUAACUCGAUUCCUUGGAGCACGUGUGAGAUUUUUUUACAGUUGAUAAAUUCCUAGAAGACACGCUGUCGUGAAUUAAAAAUGGCAAACUCUUUACAAGAUACAUUUGGUGAUGCUUAAGACGAUCGUUCAAUCAUUCCAUUAUUGAGUAUUGGCUCAGGAUUUCCAACUAACAGCAAAAAGUUAUAUCCAUUCAUAGUCUUCAAAAAUGGUAUCGGAUUAUCAGUGACGUCAAUUCGAAAACUUGGAUGCUGGUUCGGCGACGCACCUCAUCAAAUCGUCCUUGGGCACGGGUAUCCUGGCGAUGCCAAGUGCGAUAAAGAACGGUGGAUUGAUAGUCGGUGGUAUUGGUACGGUGCUCAUAGGUAUCCUGUGCUCGCAUUGCGUCCACAUCCUGGUACGAUCGUCGCACGUAUUGUGUCGCAAGACGAAGACGCCGCAGAUGACGUAUGCCGACACCGCCGGAGCUGCUUUCGAAUAUGGACCAAAGCCCCUUAGGAGAUACGCCAAUUUCGCGAGGAAUCUCGUUAACUGGGCGUUAUGCGCUACAUAUGUCGGUGGCUCGUGCGUCUACAUAGUCUUCAUAGCGACGGGUAUCAAACAGCUAGGAGAUUACUACUUAGGCCAGGGGAUCGAUAUAAGAACGUACAUGCUCUGUUUAAUCCCAGCCGUGGUCCUUCUGGGACAGAUCCGGCAUUUAAAGAUUUUGGUCCCGUUCUCCGUUGUGGCUAACAUUAGCUUGACGAUUGGUUUUGCCAUUACACUUUAUUAUAUAUUCAGCGACAUCCAACCGCUAGAAAAGAUCCAUUACGUAUCGACUUGGGAGCAGUUGCCUAAGUUCUUCGCCACCGUUAUCUUUGCCAUUGAAGGAAUCGGUACUGUAAUGCCAAUCGAAAAUAGCAUGGCAAAUCCAGGACAUUUUAUUGGCUGUCCCAGUGUACUCAAUAUCUCAAUGACAGUUGUCAUUUCAUUAUACACUAUGAUGGGUGUGUUCGGAUACCUGAGUUACGGGGACGACGCUAAAGGCAGCAUUACUUACAAUCUUCCAGUUGAUCAAGUCCUUGGACAGAUUGUAAAGAUACUAAUUGCUCUUGCAAUCAUACUUACUUAUGGAUUACAAUACUUUGUGCCUUUAGAGAUUAUUUGGAAUACUAUUAAGCACAAGUUCAGCCACAGAUGGGAAUUCCUCGGAGAAACCGUCAUGAGAGUGCUGAUGGUGCUACUUACAGUGAGCGUGGCAAUGUUAGUUCCAUCACUCGACCCAUUUAUUUCUCUGGUAGGAGCAGUAUUCUUUUCAUUCCUUGGAAUAUUUAUCCCAGCUGUGGUCGAGACAGUGUCGUGUUGGGAUGGACACCUUGGUGCCGGCUACUGGAGAAUAUGGAAAAACGCUUUCCUCGUUUUGGUUGCCUUAGCCGCUCUCAUUUCUGGAACUUGGGUAUCGUUAUUAGAUAUUGCUGAGCUGUACGUCGAAAAAUCCAACGUUAAUGUUACGACGCUCGCUCCGGUCGCAAAUACGACAGAGUCAAUUCUAUUGACAACAUUGGGUAUUAUUAAUAAUGCUAAUGGUACUAUGGCACUACGACCGUAGUCACUGUCGUUCAUUUGCCGAUCAUACUGCAAAUGUGCAUCGUCAUUGUACAGCAAUGUUUCACUUAAGGCUCAUGUCAAUUUUUUAUAAGUUGUAAAUAGUAGCUUUAGUGUCUGGAUUGCCGAAUAUAUUAAUAGUGAUGUCGCAUAAAUACUACAAUAUCGAAAACUCAUUAGAUCUCGACGCAACUGGAAUUAUUACACUGUUUGAUACAUUUACUGUGAUUUUCGUGUAAAAUUACGGAAUCCAUUGAUUGAUGAAUUUGUAUAUAACUUAUUCCAUAACACUAGAUUUAUUCGUUAUGAGAAAUUAUUUAUUAAUACUUUGAAUUCCAGUUAACCAGGUUUAGACAAAACGGUAUAUUACUACAAAAUUUGAAUAUUACAUUAGUCGAUUUAAGCUUUAACUGAUUUUAAUACUCGUGCUGGAUCAAGAUCCAAGUUUGUUGCUAAAUAUACGAAUUUCUUAAAUCAUACUCAUAUUCAUAAUACAUCCAUCUUAGAAAUAUUACACGAACAUGACAAUUUAUAAUAAUGUCUAGAUCGAAGGCUUAACUCGUUUUUUUACAUAAAGUAUAAAUUAAUUUGAUUCCUAAUUAUACUGUUUUUCUACCUAAGGAUUAAAUAUAUUUGCAGUCAAUUAUACAAUUAUUUAGCAAUAAAAUAUUAAGAAUUGAACGGUGAUCUUUCCUACAAUUAAGACACACAUAUGCUUUACAAGAAAAAUUAGUAGACAUUAAAACUCGUCGAGUAAGUGUAACUUGAGUUCACUAUAAAUUAUUAACUUCAAGCCUAAUUGCAUGAAAAACAAAUUUAUAUACGUGACAAUUGUAGCAUUUUUGAAGGACAUAUAAGUUGAAUGAUGUCAGUAAAUGAGAUUAUAAAAUACUUUUAUUCCCUUUCGUGAUUUUUAUUUGCUGAUAAGAUAAUACAAUCGUAUUAUUUAUUAUCAAUUUGUAUACAGUAGGCUUUAUUUUUAGAGAACUGUCAUUUUAUAUUUUUGUUUGUCGAAAUCACUUUUUUACAUGUUCAAACAAAAUAAAGCCUACGAUGAUUGCUGACGUAGAGAUUAAGCGAGAUAUGCAACGAUAAAGCAGGAUUUUAUCACGUAUGCGUUUAUCCUCAAGCGUAUUAUAUUGAACGAUUAAUUUUGUAAAUAAACUAUUAGCUACAGUUUAGUUAAUAGUAACCUGGUUGUUUUAGUGUAGUAUGUAGAAGCGUAUUAAAUAAGAUUUUUUAUAGUUGUGAUCUUUCUUUAAGUAAUUACUGCAAUCAGUAUACAUUUAAUUUUAAGUUAUAAAAAAACUAUAUACAUAAUGUAUAUACAGAAUGUUUUACGAUGUUAUAUUGUUAAACAAAUAAUAUAUAAA